CAGGAGUUGUGGCAAGAGUAAGGGGAGACUGCACAGCACUGGAUGGAAAUGUCACCUCAGCGUGAGGUAUCCCGUGCUCAUUGGCACAUCCAGAGCUCCUGCCAGGGGUUAAGGGUUAUUCCAGCUGUGGCUUCCCCCAGAGAGCGGGGAUUUUGGUGGUUGGCUUGUUUGUAAUAGCAGAGGUGUGCAGGGCUUGUGGUCACGGGGGUUUAAAUGCCUGCUCAUUUUCAUAACUGCUCUGUCAGUAAGAAUGGUUUGGGUGAGGGCUGAGAGGCCUCAAAGGCAAUGCUUUUGUGGGGAAGCCAUCCCCUGAAACAGCUCCUGCCCGUGUCCACUUCCUGGGAUGUUGCUUCCUGUGCUGCUGAACCUAUUGGAAGCAUAAUGCUGAAAGCUCACACAGGUUUCUGAGAGCAUCUUGAAAUGUCAUCCUGCUGCUCUCCUCCAGCUGGACUGGGCCACAAGGGAUCUGCAGUGGAAGCACCUCUGUUCCUGGUGAGUUGUCAUUGCAUAAUUAAGUAAUUAUAACAAUGGCCUUUUAAACAGGAAACUUGACUUCCCCACCACUUGAUGACAUAUGACAAGUGACACUCAGCAAUAAAGUGUUCAGAAUAAAUCAGUGCAUUCAGACCCUGGUCCUUAAUAGCUCCCCUUUUUUUUUCCCUGAUGGAAUAAGGAGGAUAUUCCUGCCAGAGCUUAGAGCACUCUGAAUUUAGAGCAGCAUGCACUAAAGAGCUCUCUUUGGCUCUCUCUAGGCCAUCUCUUUGCUUGGACUAACAGGUGAGUGAGUUAUUCUUGCGAUCCCACUUGGCUGUCAGGGCUUUGGAGCUCAGCAAAAUGGGAAUCAGUAAAUGCUUGGCACAUAUAUAGUGUUAUUUAUCUUAAAAUACAUGUUGCAGCUGUGGGGUGUCACAUGGCUACGCUUUGUGGUGUAAGCCUGUGGCUGGUGUAGUGCAUCUCCUGAAAGCAGAAAGUUGCCAUAACAACUGAAUGAAAUCAAUUAGAGUAAUAAGCAAUUAAAAUCUCAUCCUUAAUGUUGCAUAAACAUAGCAUUUCGCUCAUGAAUUAUUAGCGCUCUUGCCUCUAGACCUGUACAUUCUGGUUCUGAUUUGCAAUCUCAACCAUUUUUGCAUUAAUGAAGCGUUUAAUUUCUCCUUCAAAGAGUGCUGGUGGGUUUUUGUGUUUUUUUUUGGCCAUGGCAAGUAGGUGGUUCAUCAGGGACGUGAACACUGUUAAACUCCUAAAUGGAGGAAACGUUUGUGAUGGGAUUUCUGGAGUGCUCAGCACUGGCUUUGUUUCCCCCCAGUGAAGUCAAGAAGGAGAAGAGUAGCCUGUGAUCUGGGGAAAUUUAGGUCCUGGGCCUAUGUGGAGGGAUAGAAUGUAAGAAAAUAAAGAUCGUGCAGAAGGUAGUCUCACCCAGAGGAGUUGCAGCUGUACCAAUCCCCAAAGAUCAGAACAGGCCUGCCCUUAACAGGCCACAGCUGUGUCCAAUCAGAAGAUGGGUGCUACAAAAGGGUGGCUUAGCUGGGUGAGGGGAGAGUUGGAGUCGGUUGGCUGUGCUGUGCAGGAGGAGCCAGUGCUGCCAGGAGCUGUCUGUGAGAAACCACAGAGAAGGUGUGGGACUUUUGCAAUAUGAUGACAAUAGGCCUAGGGAGACAAAGGCAGAUCCUUCUUCUGUUCCCCACUUCCUCCUUGACCUUCUGUGUAUUCCUGAGCCUCUUGCUUCCUUUGUUCCCUUUGUAGAACAAAUCCAGGAAUAGCUCCUUGCUGUAGUGCUCAGUUGUCAAGGAUAAAUCAGCUUCAACCAGGGAAUGGCAGAGCUGUUGUGGAAAGGAGGGAUGUGUGAGGGCCUGUGGGGAAGCAGGGUUUGCUGACUGUUGGCUUUGCAAGGGCCUGUAGGCUUGUUCUGCAAGAAUUUUGUGUGGCUGGGGGUCAAUUGUUUCAAAGGUAAGAGUGCAGGUUAUAAUCCAGAGUCUCCAAGGAACUUUGGAAAACAUGUCUGUUUAGACCACUAGUCUAAAUAGUGGGCCUGUCAUGUGCCGUGGCUGAGUCAGGGAUUUAGGAAGCCUUUGACAUCCAGAGCUCAAUUAUUAACUGGUAGGGAGCAAAAGCACCGGAGGUAAUCCCUGUCUCUCUCCUGGCAGGAUGACAGAAGCCAAGGCCAGCGGUCUGAGGGUUUGUGCCACAGAUGAUCUGAAGGUGGCUGUGGUGUCUGUGCCAGCUCCUUGCCCAAGAUACGGGCACAGUGCAUCUGCAGGUUAUCUGUGUGGUGCCUUGUGCUUUCCUCAGCUUUUAUUGCUCCCUUGAAUGUAAUCCUGCUGCUUUUAUCCUGCCUGGGCAAUCAGGAAAGGGCCACACUGAGUGCUGUAAAUGCAGCGUGAGCUGAGAAAUUAAACAGGACCUCCUUGAAGGAAUUUGGGUUUUUUUCUGGUCCCAGGAUGUGCACUUGGAGUGGUGACCUCCACAGCCUCCAACUGGCCCUGGAAUAGCUGGUGGAGUAUUCUUACAAGCCCAGGCUGGGAUUCACUCCUGCACUGUCUGAUUCCCUGUUUUCAGCAUGUUUUCUUUAACCCCAAGCAGGUGGUGAUGUGUUCUCCUCUGAUCCAUGUGCAGGGGCGCUCUGUGGCUCCUAGUGCCUGUGAAAACACGGAUUUCUGCUCCAGUGGGAAAAACCUGUGCACUUACUGUGCCAGGCAGUGAGGAGGGCACAGUCAUAGGACGUGUCCUGUGCUUUUUCCAUAGUUAGCUGAGUGCUGGGCAGCUGUUGCAGCUGUAACUGGUGUGUAAUUCUCAAUGUAAGAGAUUGGGAUGCUUUGGAUUUCAGUGGGAAGCAGCUGAAGGCUUGCUUGACUGCCAAAUAAAGUCCUAUUUAGGCUGUAUCGAGGUACAUUUUAGUGGUGUUCAUCUGGAAAUGUGCAGUACUGCCACACUUGUUGGGGAGAGACUUGGUGCAGAAUUCACUGACUGCCUUACUAUGUUUAACAGCCUUGCCCACAGUUGCCAUGGAAGCCUUGCCUUCUGUCUGCCCUUGGGAUUCAUCCCUGAACAAAAGGUCCACCUGGAGUCACAGGGCUGCACUCUGCCUAUAAAGCCUUGCCUCCUCAGAGGCUGGGAGCCCUGCUGGCUCUGCUCAUAAAUCAUUUUCUGCUUCGCUGGGGUCAAAGCUUUUAUGUUACUCUUCCUUCAGAUCCUUCCAGGCCCAUCUUUCAGAUGCUGCAGCGUGUGGGGCGUUUCAGUCUGCACUGGCCAUGGCUCGAUAUUGCUGCUCCGGGAUCAGUUUGUAUCUUUUGACAGCAGGGAACAACUUAUUUGAAUAGGCAAUUGUAGGUGACAGUGCUCUGUCACCCCUCCACUGAUGCCCUGAGUGCCUUGUUACAUAAAGGCAGAUAAAAUGCUUUGUGAAAUGUCUUGCUUCUUGGGGGUGUUGGGUCCUCAGCCCUGAGGAUCAAAGUCCUUUUUGAAGUGGCUGACAUCAGCAUGCACUUUGUGUCCUUCCUCUUGUCCCUGCCUCGAGAGAAGUGUGUGUCUGCCAUGGAAAUUCACCCAGCUCGAUGAAGCUGCUUUCCCACCAGCUUGGAAAUCCCCUCACACCUGCAUGCCAAGCUGGGCCUGGUCAUUUGCCAGGCUCAGUCUGGGGCUGUCGCCUUGGCUGUGGAACAGGGAAGGGCUGGGUUAGUCCUUCUGUUGUUGUGUCACUCAGGGAUAGCAGGAUUCACUUUUUCUGGAAAGGCUGAGGUAGGGAACUACACAGGCAGGCUUUUGCCACAGAUCUUUUAACACAUUCACACUAAAUCUUUAGUGUGGACCCCAUCCAUUCUGUGCUCCAGCUGCCAGUCCACCUCCUGGGAUCCUGGAAAAACCUCGUCCAGGCUGGCAGGUCACCUGUCACCUCCACCAGUUACCUGGACUGGGGUCCAGUUGUGCAGUUGCACUUGGAGCAGGGAUUGCUCCUCCAACAAGAUGCCUGCAGCCAUCCUGGAGGUGAACGGGAACCUGAGCUGUCGGUGUGCCAAGACAACCUCGGAAUACAUCAGUCCCAAGAAAUACGAGAGCAUUGAGAUAAGGCCCGUGGGCAGCAGCUGCAGGCGCACGGAGAUCAUCAUUAAGUUAAGAACCUCAGGGAAGGUGUGUGUGAAUCCCGAAGCCCCCUGGGUGAAGAAGCUGCUGAAGCGCAUUGCCAGCACGAAGAAAUAAAAGGUUUCCUGCUAAGGAAGUUGGUGCCCAGAGCCCCGAGGCAGGUUGGCAGAUGAUGCCCAGGUGUGCAGGCCUGACUGCUCCUCACUUUGCCCCGUCUUCCUCCCCUUCCCAAAAGCCCCACCUGUGGCUCUGGUGGCAGUGGCUGUGGGGAGGGUGCCUCACUGCUGGCCCCAGCCCCGUGGCAGGUUUGGGGGAAGUUCUCCCCUGCUCUUGGUCCCUGGCUCAGCGUGUUUAUGAAUCCUUCAUUUAUUUAGUUGCCUGUGGACUGUGAAACUGUUUCCUGCCAGGGGCUGCUCCUGCUUCUUUAGGGAUGACUUUGUGACUUUUUCCAUGUGUAGUGCUCGGCAACAGAGUGUGUGUCUGAGGCUUGUGUGGCACAGCGUGGCAUGUCCUGUUCCGGAAGCUCAAGUCCAAUAAAAUGCAGGAUUUUUCUUUC